GGCGGACUUUGCUGCAGCUGAGGAUGAUGAAUGGUCUCCUGCGCUGAAGCUAGAUGGUGUGGGAAUGAUGGACCUCCCAAAUGGCCAAUCAAGCAUCACCACCAACGCUGCAACAGUCUCUGAGAGGAGCAGCAGCUCAGAAUCUCUCAGUGAUAAGGGUUCUUCAGAGCUGAAGAAGAGUUUUGAUGCUGUUGUGUUCGAUGUGCUGAAGGUCACUCCUGAAGAAUAUGCAGGCCAGAUCACUCUCAUGGAUGCUCCUGUGUUCAAAGCCAUCCAGCCAGAGGAGCUGUCAAGCUGUGGCUGGAACAAGAAGGAGAAACACAGCUCUGCUCCAAAUGUCGUGGCCUUCACUCGCAGGUUCAACCAGACGAGUUUUUGGGUGGUAAGAGAGAUCCUUCAUGCACAGACGUUGAAGAUCAGAGCGGAGGUGCUGAGUCUUUACAUUCGAACUGCCAAGAAACUGUGUGACAUGAACAACCUCCAUGCAGUCAUGGCUGUGGUGUCAGGAUUACAAAGUGCUCCCAUCUUCAGGCUUACCAAAACAUGGGCGUUACUUAGUCGGAAGGACAAGGCAACGUUUGAUCGACUCGACUUCCUGAUGUCCAAAGAAGACAACUAUAAACGUCUGAGAGACUACAUUAGCAGCCAGAGCAUGGUGUCUUGUAUACCAUACCUAGGGAUGUACCUGUCUGAUCUGACCUACAUAGACUCAGCGUACCCCUCUACAGGCAGCAUACUGGAGAACGAACAGAGAUCAAACCUGAUGAACAACAUUCUCAGAAUCAUAUCGGACCUGCAGAGAUCCUGUACCUACGAUAUACCAGUGUUGCCUCAUGUACAGAAGUAUCUCAACUCAGUCAGGUAUAUCGAGGAGCUGCAGAAGUUUGUAGAGGAUGACAACUACAAGUUGUCACAGAAGAUUGAGCCAGGCACCAGCACACCACGAGCAAAUGCCUCCAAAGAGGAUCUUGUUGGCCAGGAAGCAUCAGCAUCUCCUCUCUGCAGCCGUAAAUGUACGGUGGCAAGUGAAGGACCCAAAGUCCCGGCCACACCACCCUCCCCGAGGAAUCUGCUGCCCUACGGACACAGGAAGUGCCACAGUCUGGGCUACAAUUUUAUCCAUAAGAUGAAUACAGUAGAGUUUAAAAGUGCUACGUUCCCCAAUGCUGGUUCUCGCCAUCUGCUGGACGACAGUGUGAUGGAGAGUCACAGUCCCACCAGGGGACAAGCAGAGAGCUCAACUAUGUCCAGUGGUAUUUCACUUGGGAGCAGUGAGGGUUCAGAGCUAAGUGAAGAGGUGUCUUGGCCAGCUUUUGAGAGGACUCGGUUCUAUCACUCUCUGGGCCCAGUGACCCGAGUGGCCCGCAUCCCCUACAGAGGAGUCCUGAGGCCCAGCAGCUCGGCGGAAUCGGAGGAGCUCGCAGUUCACCUGUAUCCCGGAGCAGUCACAGUGCAGGGGGUGUUGAGACGAAAGACUGUGCUCAAGGAGGGCAAGAAACCAACAGUGGCAUCUUGGACCAAAUACUGGGUCGCUCUUUGUGGAACCCAGCUCUACUACUACCCUGCCAAGUCCCUGAAGGCCACUGAGAGAAAACAUUUCAAGUCAACAUCGAGCAAGAGCGUGUGUGUGGUGGGUUUAAUGGCCAUGAUGGCUGACGAUCCCGAGCAUCCUGAUGUCUUCUUGCUGACUGACUCAGAACAUGGUAACACCUACAAGUACCAAGCAGGGAACAGAAUGAACGCUUUGCUCUGGUUCAAACAUCUGAGUGCUGCUUGUCAGAGCAAUAGGCAACAGGUACCAGCCAAUCUGAUGUCGUUUGAAUGACCGAUGCUGGGGAGUGCAAAUGAGCAAAGGGGAGAGGGAUUAGAAAACAGACGAGGAGGAUGAGGAGGAGUAUUGACUCAGUAGUGGGAGCUUUCACUGCCAUGAGCCCUACCCGCCAAUUCUCUGAUUCUAGCCCCGACCGCACUGCAGCCUCACCUGCCACCACUGCCUUAACCAGAGUACCCUGUGUGUGUGUGCGUGUCCUUGUACAUUUGAGAGCGAAUGUGAGUUUGUGUGUGUGGAUGGAAGUGACUGUUUUGGAUGUAAUGACUACUGAACAAGGACCUGGACCACUGCUCUUGUCUCCCAUUUGCUCUCAGUGUCUUUUGUUUUUACUGCAAGUGUUCAGCACUUCAGUGGAGCCAUCGACUUCCUCUCCUCUCUCACAGACAGACUGUCUUCGGAUGGACAGAAAUAAUCCUCUCCUUUGGUUUUCUUAAGGAGUUAGCUAAUCUUAUCCCUGUAUCCACCAUGCUCAAAUGCAAGAUUCUCGCCUUUUAUUCAGCUGGACACAAAAUCACAACACGCACACUCACGUCGGACUAACCCGUUGGACUUCUGAGGAUUUGGGAAAAAACUUUUUUACUUACUUGGUUCACACUUUCAGUUGUUGCUCCCUUCAUUCACUUGAGUUGGGUUGGAGUCAAAGGGGUUAUUUACAUGAACCACGCACUCACACUCUCACACACACACACACACACACACACACACACAGGCCUGUUUGAUCGCGUCAUCGUAAACAUAAGGGCUCUGAUUCGCAGUCAGUUCCAGCAGAAACAAUUCCCACACUUCCUGAAUGUUUCUAGUUUUUAUUACAGAACUUAGCCCCCCACCCCCCCACCUUCUUUUUUUGUCAUAUACUUGCUAAGUGUUCUGUAUGUAUGUGUGCGUGUCUGUAUAACUGCAUUGGGUGAGGAGGGGGAGGGGGCGGGAGUGAAAAUGUUUGCUUAAAUUACAGGAAUCUUGUCUGCGUUCCACAUAGGUACGGUAAUCCCAGAAUCUAAGCUAAGAUGUGUUCACAGUUGGGUAGACAAGAGUUACUCCUUUUACGAACCUGCUUCACUUUCUUCUCCAGUGUUGUCUGCUCUCUGUUAUCACCGCCAUCAGUUCAGAAAGGUGACAUUUGGUUCACCAGACUCACACAUACUAAACACUAAGACUUUAAACUGUGAAAGAGUCUAAGAGAGAGCAGCGAGAACUCACAAUACAUGAUUUUAUCUCCUCUUCUUUUGUGCUUAAUAUGGUUAGAUCCUCUGGUCUGGAGCAGACAUUCAAAGCUACCUGGAGCCAUACAGAGUCUAUUUUAAAUCUUGUUGCUUGAUAUUCCUUUGUGUUGUUAGUUUCUUUUCCUUUUUGGGAGGGACGGUGCAGUUCACAGUAUUACCAUGUAGUAGAUGAUUGCACAUCAAUGUAGAUUUUUUUGUCUGUUACAUAUGAAUGUUACAUUUUUGUUUUUGUGUUUUUCUCCCUUUUUGGAGCAGUUAUUUUGAAUAUUUUAUGUACAUGUGAAUUUUAAUUUUUUUCUAUUUUUUCUUUUUUUUUCUUUUUUUUGCCCCUUAUUCUAUUAACCAGGACCCAGCUCAGUUUUAGGCCCUAAUCAUGAUGCAUCUGAUUUGGAAAUAGCAUAAGCACCUUGGUUAUUAUUAGUGCCAAGUGAUAUUAGUGUCACUGUUUUUCUUCAGGUUGUUGAACCCUUGGGCAGGGCAGAGCUGCAGUGGAAUCAGGUGUAGGUACUGGCAGUGGGGAAAAAGCUGGGAUUUACAGUUUCCACUGUGGAUCACAGAUGUUCGAGGGUGCUGCAAAUAGAGUACAUCUAUAAUGUUUUUGAGCGAAAAUAAUCAGAUGGAGGUGAUGACAAUGAGAAAGUGCUUUUCGCCCAUUAAAACUCAACAAAUUCCAAUCUCCUUUUUGAAAUAGCUGUUUACAUUGUAUGUUUACACAAUCUUUUGCCCAACAUCACAGUCUCCUCACUGCUCCACAUGUACUCUAUCCACCUUAGGAAGAAAUAUCACGUAGAAACAAAUGUCCUCCUAUCAAUGGGGUUAUUAAGCUCAGAGUUUCAUGCUGAACAUAUGUGUACUCAGCACUGGAUCCUCUUUAAUGUGUCUAAUUAGAUGCAUUAAAACUGUCCUCAACAUAAUAUACAAGUCAUCAUUUCAACUUUUUAGGUCAGACAAACAUUACAAACUGAGACAAUGUCUGUUUAGUCCCAAUCAGAAGAUGUUCAGUCCUUUGUAUAUUAACUAAAGAGAUGGUAGUGGAUGAACCUGUGGAAGAAUGAAUGAGGGAGCCAAAGACAGGCUUAUGUAAUGCGGCAGUUACUCUAAAUACGUGUGCACAUUUGUGUGCCUGUGCAUACUUGUCUAUUUUUUUAAAAACAUUGUAAUUCAAGCCUGAUAGGCAAAUCCCUCAAGGCUGCCGUCACUGCUGAGCAGUGGGGGUAACCGGCUACCUAAUCAUCCGUGUGACUGACUCUGCCAGCUCAUGCUACACCUCCACAUUAGCUUGUGUUUUGUAUGGGAAGUGUAAAGAAAGGAGGGCUCGUGAGCAGAUAGGAAGUAGAAACUGUACUCAUCUGUGUCCGCUGUGGCUGGAGCUGCAAUAUGGAGCAGAGUGUUUGAAGUGACAAAAUCCCAGAACUGAAGAGGCUGAUCAUUACUGGUGUUUUAAUACCAGUGGUGGGCCAGGGACAAGAGGGCUGUGAAUGAAGUGAAAUGCAUGAGACAGAGUUUUUUUUUUGGGGGGGGGGGGGCCUUGGGGAUUGAGAGGCUAGCAUCGGUUUAUCUACAGAUGCUAGCUGGUCUCUCUCUUUACUGACACAUCCAGAUAAGCUUAAUCCGCUGUCAUUUGCAAAAUAUUGACGAAUUGGUGCAGUUCAGCAAGAACUGAUGCUGUCUCAGAAACUCUGAAAAAAGGACUGUGGACGGAGGUGUCUGAGAUGUAAACAAACCCAAUGUAGACAGACAACAUCUCCAUCACAUUUCCUUUCUUUCUGUUUGCUUUAUCUGAUGUUACUCAAGAACAGUGAAAGAAAAAAAAAAAGAAAAGACAUGUAACUGAUGUGGAUUCCUGAUGUGUUAUACCUAAAAAUACCAGAGAGGUGCUUAUGGGGGCCUCUUGGAAGGUUUAUUUGAAUUAAUUUGGGUGUAACCAUCUGCCCCUCAAGAAAUUCCCAGAUCAUGUCAAGCGCUUUUUGUGAGGUUUUCCUCACUGUAACCUGAGUUUACAUGAAUUUCUUUUUUUAUAAUCAUUUCUGUACAGUGUAUGGUCAGAAUAUUGGAAACACAUUUCACUUUUGUUUUGUGGUUUUAGUUGACUCAUUUCUUGGAUUUCGAGGCCAAUCACUGCUAACGUAAAAUCACAGUCAUCUAUUUUGGGAUGCAAGUGGAGAAUUCAGAUGUCAGCCACUCAUUUAAGAUAAUUUUUGGUUGUUAUGAAGAAACUUGAUGCCAUGAUUGAAAAUUCUCCUUGCUGUGGUCAGAGUUCAUGUUGUUUCCAUUAAGUUGACCAUACUGUCUACAAAUGCACAAUUUGGCCCUGUAUUAACUGUUUUCACUGAAUCUCUUUUCUGAAUUCAUUCUUUUUAACGGUCAUGAAAAAUGUUUAAAAGUGCAGAUGAAGGGUUCAACCAGAGGAAGUGUCCGAGUGUGGUUAUAUGAUGUGUUUAUUCUUUGGUAGAGAAAUGGAGGCAAUGUGAAUCUGUGCCUCCUGUGCACUGGCCAGGCAUCAUUCACUGUUUACCAAGGACAUCAACAACAACCUUCGUUUGACCAAUCAAAGGUGAUGAGGGUGAUGGGUAAAUGAUCUAUGACCUUCACCCUUUACUUGCUCUGUGUGUGUGUCUGUCUCUGUCUACACGUGCCAUGACUGUGGCGAGCGCUGUGACCUCACUACUGAGUGAUGUGCUGCCUGGUGUGAAGACUGAGAACCAAUAAACACUCUGCCCUUUUUUACUCCACA